AUGGUGAAGUUCACCGCACGCCGGAGUUUGCCCGAGCUGGUGGCGCCGGCACGGCCAACACCAUGCGAGACCAAAGUCCUCUCCGACGUCGAUGACUGUUAUGACCUACGAGUCUACUCUUUUGGGGUCGAGUUCUUCCGCUGCCGACCAGGCGGCCAUCCAACGACGACGGUGGACUGCACCCGGAGAGGGAGUGGUGUUCGUGGAAGCAUUGGCUUCGCGGAGGCUCUGGUGUACUACUACCCCAUGGCCGGUCGGUUGAGAGAGAUUCUCCCCACUAACAAGCUGGUGGUGGACUGCACCGGAGAGGGAGUGGUGUUCGUGGAAGCAUUGGCCGACGUGGGGCUGGAAGAGUUUGGAAAUCCAUCACCGCGGCCCCCAUACCCAUGCAUCGAGGAACUAUUAUGUGAAGCCGGCUAUAUCAAAGUCGUGGUUGACAAGCCCUUGUUCUUUGUCCAAUUACCAUAUGGUUCUUUGUCCAAGCAUGUGUGCAAGGAGGAGGGUCGUGCAAAAAGUUGUGGUCUGCUGGCAAAUAUGGUCGUCCCAUGCCCGCUCAGCCCGUAG